AUGUUUCAGUUUCCUGCAACCAAAUGGAAUAAAGGAAUAUGGAUAGUCGGCAGUCUUGGUUUGGCAUAUUUAUUAUCUAAGGCUGUGAAUGAUAUGAUGAAACGACGCAAAUGGGCUGAUAGGAGAGCUCGAAAAAAGGCAGAAAAAAUCGCUGCCAAGGCUGAAUUUGCUCAGUAUUUACGUGAGAAUUCGAUGACUCCUGAAGAAGUGGAACAGAUUGUUUCCAAAUCCUUCUCUCAGCUGUUGUUUGCUCUGAAGAAUGGUGAAAUCACACCGGCACGCGCUCUUCUGGCCUAUCAGCACAAAGCUUUCGCCGUGGAUGAGCGCUGCAACUGCGUGGUGGAAUUUCUGUAUCCUGAUUUCGAACUCAUCAAUUUAUCGGGUCCGUUAGCUGGGAUGCCUGUCAGUGUGAAAGAUAACUACAGGGUCAAGGGACACGAAAGUUACGCCGGAAUGUCCCACUUUCUCACCGGUCCAUCCAAGGACGACGCUGUGAUGAUAAGCGUGCUAUACUCGCUUGGAGCUGUGCCGUUCGUAAGAACAAACGUGCCGCAAGCUAUGCUCAGCAUCCUCUCGUGGAAUCCAAUCGACGGAGUCACUUUGAACCCACUAGCAUUGGAUCGUAGUCCGGGAGGGAGCAGUUCCGGAGAGGCUGCUCUGAUUGGUGGUGGUGGAUCUAUUCUCGGUUUUGGUACCGAUCUGGGUGGCAGUAUUCGUUUGCCUGCUGCCAUGUGUAAUAUUGUCGGUUUCAAACCUACACCAACCAGGAUUAGCUGCGAUCAAGCUCCUGAGUUACUUAAAGCUCUCGACUACUUCCAGCUGAUCACCACAGAGGGUCCAUCACGACGAGACUGCACCUUGACGCGGUGUGAUGGCUUGCGCGCCUCCAUGACCCUGCGAGCUACACAGGAUGGCUUUUCACAGCCGUAG